ACACGCCCAGUAUUCGUCAAAGUCGGCGCGGCGCCGUCACUCUGGGCUAGGCACGGCGCCGCGCGGUCAUGGCGCCGGCAAUGCGACCGCCGACACGCAAGGUGUGGCGGGUUCGUGCGCUGUGCCAGUAGGAUGGCGCUGAAGACUCCGACGCCGGGCGCGGGCGAGCGCGAGACAUGGGGCAAGAAGGUCGACUUCCUGCUGUCCGUCAUUGGGUUCGCCGUCGACCUGGCCAACGUGUGGCGCUUCCCUUAUCUCUGCUACAAGAAUGGCGGCGGCGCUUUCCUGGUGCCGUACUGCAUCAUGUUGGUGGUGGGAGGGAUCCCGCUGUUCUACAUGGAGCUGGCGCUGGGCCAGUUCCAUCGGAAGGGAGCCAUCACCUGCUGGGGGAGGCUGGUACCAUUGUUUAAAGGUAUAGGCUACGCGGUGGUCCUGAUAGCAUUCUACGUGGAUUUCUACUACAACGUGAUCAUCGCGUGGGCUCUGCGGUUCUUCUUCGCGUCCUUCACCACCAUGCUGCCGUGGACCAACUGUGACAAUGAGUGGAACACCCCUGCUUGUAGACCUUUCGAAGCAAUCUGGGAAGCCUCAAACAGAACUCGCUUGCGCAACAACAGCUCUUCAGGUGUAAUCGCUCCUCCCGCAACAACACCCUUCACGUCAGCCGCUUCAGAAUAUUUCAACCGCGCCAUCUUAGAACUGCAAGGGAGCGAAGGUCUUCAUGACCUCGGUGCCAUAAAAUGGGACAUGGCGCUCUGUCUGCUUGCCGUCUACAUCAUCUGCUACUUCAGUCUUUGGAAAGGCAUCAGUACUUCUGGAAAAGUGGUUUGGUUCACGGCUCUUUUUCCUUACGCAGUUCUUUUGAUUCUCUUGGUCCGUGGUAUAACCCUCCCUGGCUCAGCUACUGGUAUCCAGUAUUACCUCAGUCCCAACUUCGAAGCUAUCACACAACCUCAGGUAUGGGUGGAUGCAGCAACUCAGGUAUUCUUCUCUUUAGGACCUGGCUUUGGAGUGCUUCUGGCAUACGCCUCGUACAAUAAGUACCAUAACAACGUGUACAAGGACGCAAUCCUAACAAGCGUGAUCAACUCGGCAACAUCCUUUAUCGCUGGCUUCGUGAUCUUCAGUGUUCUUGGAUACAUGGCCCACGCGUCAGGCAGGGACGUGCAAGACGUGGCUACCGAAGGCCCAGGCCUCGUGUUCGUGGUGUAUCCAGCGGCUAUCGCGACCAUGCCAGGAUCUACCUUCUGGGCGCUGAUAUUCUUCAUGAUGCUUCUUACUCUUGGUUUGGAUAGCUCUUUCGGCGGUUCCGAGGCAAUAAUAACAGCUUUAAGCGACGAGUUCCCGCCAAUUGGUCGUCACCGCGAGAUCUUCGUGGCGUGUCUCUUCACUCUGUACUUCUUCGUGGGGUUAGCUUCCUGCACGAAGGGAGGCUUCUACUUCUUCCAACUGCUUGAUAGAUAUGCUGCAGGAUACUCUAUACUGGUUGCUGUCUUCUUUGAGGCUAUUGCUGUGUCUUGGAUUUAUGGAACGGAGCGUUUCUGCGAAGACAUCCGCGACAUGAUCGGCUUCCGUCCCGGUCUAUACUGGCGAGUCUGCUGGCGUUUCGCCGCCCCGGCCUUCCUACUCUUCAUCACGGCCUACGGACUGCUGGACUAUGAACCGCUCAGAUAUGAAGACUAUGUUUACCCAGGAUGGGCCAAUGCACUGGGCUGGGUUAUAGCUGGGUCCAGUGUUAUGUGCAUUCCAACUGUGGCUAUUUACAAACUGAUUACGGCUAAGGGCACUUUUGUAGAGCGUCUUCGACUCCUGACAACACCAUACGCAGACACAGAAGGCAGCGGUGCAGUUCACAACGGUGUAGUGGUUUCGGAGAGUGGUGGCGUGAGACUGGCAUCUGCAGCCGUGACACCGACGUCCCCACCGCCCUCCACUCCUCCCGCACAGCCGCCCCCCGCGCUUGUCUGAGCACACCUCUCCUUCGACGUCUACUACGUCUAAGUGAAAGAAAGAGACAACUAGUGCUGUGUUGUUCUUCUACCUUUAGUAAGAUGGCGGGGCUACAGUGAAGCCGAGUUGACAUAGCGCAGGAGUCGGACGGCUGUGGUCACUCCAUUUGUUUGUUACUCCUUGGCGCUCUCCCGAGUUUAAAAUUUCACUUGAUUUAUUACCGUCUUACUUAUCAAAUGUUUGAAGGGAUCUAGAUAGAGGCUAGGGACAGCCAUCACAUCUUGUUCCUCUAUAAUAGCAUGCUUUCUUUCUAUUUCAUUGAGAUCUCAUUCACUUUAACGGUAGAAAAUUGGUUCUGCUUUGAAUGUCUACCUAGUAUUUAUAAAGUAAGACUUAGUUUUUUUCAGGAAUAUAGCGUGGUAAGGCAUUGAAGGCGGAGUUGAAAGGGUAAAAAUGUGAAAGGCUAAUAUUUAAAAUAAAAAUAUUCGAUGUCAUAGGUGUUAAGUAUUAUUUUUGAGCUUUCUACUAGAGAACUGUUUAAAUAAACAUAUAAUUAACAGCCCUUUCACACGGCAGUCCAGUUUUGCGGGACCGGCAUUUUACUGUAUCCUGCAAAACUGAACUACGUGUGAACACAGCGUCCGUUUUUGCAGGAUUCUCGCUUUUUACUGGACGAACGAUCCAGUUUCAAAUCGACGGGAACAGCAUUUUGCAGGAUCCUGCAUGCGGUUUGCUCGUAUGAACACUAGCAUAUAAUAUCUUUAGCGAUCAAACAGGAUCCUGCAAAAAACGGUAUCCUGCAAAAAACUGGACUGCCGUGUGAAAGGGCCGUAAGUGUCAAGGUAGGUAACCGUUAAUAUGUAGGUAUAUCCGUAGGUACAGGUCACAGAGCAAAAAUGUAGUAGUGCUCAAUAGGAGCAUGUUUAACAUUUUUUGUUUUAAUUUAUAGUACACAUGUCUAUCUAUUCGAAAAAAAAUAUCAACUCAUAAUAUUUGUGAAAUUAUGUAGGUAGUUACUUAAUCUUAAGAUUUUUUAGAGUAAUUUACUACAGCUAGCCUAAUUUAUUUAGUUACGCGCGUAAAAUACGCCAGUAAGACUAACGGAAAAUUCAGCAAACCGUCGAUGUUUUAGCUCUAGUUUAGAUUAUAGACCACUCAAGCAUUAAGGUUGGCGCUGGAACAAAUUUAUUAUUACUACGACAGAAAAUACUCCUUUGAAGCUACGAGAACUCACAUUUUAGAACUCAGCUUUAUAAAUAUCUUAUCGUUAUUUUAUAGAACUGUAAAACUUAGUAAAAAUCCCUCGUUUUUAGAUUGACUGACAUUUGGUAGUUUAUAUUCAUUAAUUUUAUUUUUUACAGUAGUAUUCUUUUGUUACAAUCUGGCAAUACCUAAUAGUGCUGCGCAAUAGCCAGGGCAGACAUAGCUUACUAAUCGACUACCCUUGAAAAUGAGCUUAACUUCAAUAUUUUUAACUGAAAUAUCCUCCCCGCUAUACUUAGUUAGUAAUUAAGCAUAUUUACCAUGUACAUUAUUGAAAACGUGUAUUGUAGCAUUAAUAAUGUAGGACUUUAUCUUAAUCUUUUCGUAGUUGAAAAUGACAUGAGUGUUUGUAAUAAAUAAGAAUAAAAUAAUUAUUUUGAAAUGCUUAUUUUAUAAUAUUUUAAGUCGCGUUUUAUAUUAUUCGAAAAUUUUUAGCGCAGUAUAUUUUAAGCGCUGUUAAGUACCUAUGUAAGUAGAAAAAUGUAUGCAAAUAUUUUAACUUAAAUAAUGUUGACAUUAACCUGAAAUCUAGGAUUAAGAAAAAUGAAAUGCUGUGUAGAUAAUAGAAACAAUAAAAUGAUAAUAUAAUCAAUUUAAUGUUUAAAUAAAUGUAUUCGAACUGAAAGUUCAUGUACCCACAUAAUAAAGUAGCUACGUAUGCCUUUAGAGGAAAAUAUUAAUCUAGUUAUUCGUCUAUGUUAUCUGCAAUUCGACUCUAAAUGUUGUGGUUAGAAUCAAUGUAAUCAAAAAUGCUCCAUUUUUUAUUCGUGAAUUUCAGUAUUUUUGUUCGAAAACUAUUCAUCACUCCGUCUUGGGCAAUGCGGACUGAUGAAUUGUGCAGUGGUUUUACAGUUAUUGAUCAAUGGAUCUUCCAUAAUGUUAGGAAUGUGAGACGCUCUACAGACGCUACACUUCAGCUUACUUGAUGUGUAGUGAUUUGAAAUGUAUCUCUUCCAUUAUCUCGAUGUUAGUAUAGUACUUUUCGCUCUUUACAACGUAGUAUUAUUAAACGUAGAAAUACUUAUUAUAUUACGGAUAUCUGCUUACGUAAGCUAAGAAGCAAUUUAUGAUGUAGUAAUUUUGGCUUCAAAUAUUCUGAAUGUUAGUAAAAUAUUGCAGUAUUAAAGAUGUAACAUGUAUUUAUAGUUGUUGAUGUUAUAUCAAUAGUCAUAUCAGCCAUUAUGACUACUGAUUUUUAGAUUAAAUUUAUACUUACUA